UGCACAGGAGAACAGCGAUGGAACGCUACACCCUCUGCUUGUUGGUGGCUGCCCUCAUCAUAGGAAGUGAGGCGUACCUACCUAUGAACUAUAGGUGCGGAGUUCAACCCAAGUCAAGAGACAACUGUGGCGAUGCCAUGAUCACUGAGGAGGAGUGUAUGAAGAAGGGUUGUUGCUAUGACAGUUCAGUGAUGGACAGUAUCUGGUGUUACAAUCCAUGGAAAUUCGAAGCCACUAAGUGUAAUCCAACGGAUCCAAAGGCUAGAGUCAACUGUGGGUACCCCACCAUCUCAGAGAAGGACUGCACAGACAAAGGUUGCUGCUUUGAUGACAGCAUUCCCGAAGUGGUGUGGUGUUACCAGCCAGAAAUUCAAGCAGUGGAACGUGACUGCAAUGCUGUAAAUCCAGAUAAGAGGGCCAACUGCGGACCACCUGGUGUCAGCCCUGAUGAAUGCAGGGAAAACGAAUGUUGCUUCGACAGCAGUGUAGCUGAUGUACCCUGGUGCUUCAAACCGCAGGUUAAGAAAGAGACCGUCGAAUGCGCUGUCCUGCCCAAACAGAGAGUGAACUGCGGCUACUCCGGCAUUGACAUGGACCAGUGUUACAAGAAGGGCUGUUGCUUCGACUCCAGUGAUCCCGAUGCCGCAUGGUGCUUCUACCCAGACAUCACAAAUGGUAAUGUAGUCACAGAGUGA